AUGGCAACAUAUGAUGAGGUAGGAAACCCGAGGGAGCACGUCCUUAGUUACAAGACUUUUAUGGAGUUGCAGAUCCUAUCGGAUGCUUUGUUGUGCAAGGUAUUCCCAACAAUGCUUAUAGGCCCAGCAAGAGUUUGGUUUAAUAGCCUAGAGGCUGGAAGCAUCAAAAGUUUCAGUGACCUUGCCAACAUCUUCAUCAGCCGGUUUAUAGUAGGAGUACCGGCUGAUAGAAAAACCAGUUAUCUGGAAAUGGUCAGGCAGAGGAGGGGUGAGUCCCUGAGAGAGUACGUAGCCCGUUUCAACACGGAGGCCCUACAGAUACCCGAACUCGAUGAAGGGAGAGCGGUAGAAGCCAUGCAGAAGGGGACCACAUCCCCCGAGUUCUUUGGCUCCCUAUGUAGGAAGCCGCCCACUUCCCUGGCAGAACUAAUGAAGAGAGCAGAAAAGUAUAUAAGGCAGGACGAUGCCUUAACAACUAGUAGGUUCGCUGGGGAGACAACGGACAGGAGAAAAGCGCAGGAAGAAAGGAGGUUGGACAGACACGAAAGGAGGAUAGACAAGCAUGAGAGGAGAUCGAAUAGGGGGCCCGAGGCAUACAGACAGCCCUGGAAUAGGAGAGAGCAAAGACCGCCACUACCUCGGGUCCCAGAAGUAAUCACACCCCUCAACACCUCCAGGACUGAGGUGCUCGUAGCAGUCCAGGAUAAAGAAUUUCUUCAGUGGCCCAAGCCCAUGAAAGUAGAAGCAAACCGGAGAAAUCCUGACAAAUAUUGUCAGUACCACCGCACUCACGGCCACGAUACUAAUGACUGCUACCAACUGAUUAAUGAAAUUGAAAGACUGAUAAAGAGGGGACACCUUCGAAACUUUAUGAAGAAACCUGAAGGAGAAAGACCCUAA